AUGAUCCGCAGCAACUCCAAGGAAUCACCUCUACAUCCAAGGUAUGCUAAUUUAACACAAGCAGAAAGGUUUCGAGGACUCGUCGAACAUUCCAAAGCUCGAGUACGUCACCUUGGAUCAGCAAGAGCUGCGGCUUAUAAUAAAAGCAGCUCCUUGAAUCCCAAUGUUGUACCUGUAAAAUAUGUGGAGGACAGCAACUUUUACAUUGGUGAGGUAGGUAUAGGUACUUUCGAUAAUGAUCAACAACCUUUUCAGAUUUUCUAUUUAGUUAUCGAUACUGGUAGUGAUCUUAUAUGGACACAAUGUUACGGUGGCGAUAAUUAUUUCUAUCAAAAUCCGCCAUUAUUUGAUCAGGAUGGUUCGAGUACAUAUGACCGUAUCCCUUGUGAACAUCUUAUUAACGAGUGUGAUGAAAGACAUUGCGAAGACGGGCUUUGCACGUACAAAGAAGAAUAUGCGUCCGGACAAGAAACAUUUGGUCAUCUUGCUUAUGAAACAUUCACUAUGAACUCAAUUCUCGGUGAGCAUGCCCGUGAAAGUGUGAAAGAUAUGAUCAUCGGUUGCGGUAUUAAUCAAAGGAAUUUCGGACCAGCAUUUGGUGUUCCUGAGAUUCGUGAUGGUGAUCAAGACUUCCCUCCGCCGAUACCUGCACCUGGAACUGCUCCUAUAUCAGGAAUUCUCGGUUUGGGACAAGGAACCUCGAAUUUUUCUUUCAUACUUCAGUUAGAAGUUGAUAAAAAAUUUGAAUACUGCUUGGAGUCAUACGAUCUUGAGGAUGCUGAUGUUUCACACACGUACUUAAGAUUUGGUUCCGACGCAAUAAUUGGAGAAGGACCUGAAGUACUUACAACACCAAUAAUCCAAGAUCCAAACUUCGGGACGCCUUACUACUUGAAUCUAUUGGAUAUUAGUGUGAAUAACAAAAGCGUAGGGUUUGAAAAAAGCGAUUUCGAGAUUAAGGAGGAUGGAACUGGUGGGACUGUCAUAGAUUCAGGGUCUCCAUUAACCACUAUGAUUAGGCGUCAUUAUGAAAAAGUUGAGGAAGCGGUGUUAGAAUAUUUUGAAGGAUUUGGUAUUCGUCCUGUUGAUUCUGAACCUGGUUUCGAUCUUUGUUUCCGUGUACCAGACAAUUUCACAAAGUUUCCAACGAUGACAUUUCAUUUUGAGGGGGCGGAUUUUGUUAUUCGACAAUGGUCUGGUAUUUUUGCCUCAUUCCAUGAUGUCAACUUGCUAUGUUUAGGUAUCAUUAGCUUGGAUAUUAACGACGAGGAAGGUGAUUUUCCGUAUGUUGUUAAUUUAGGAGCUAUGCAACAAGCUAAUAAAAGGAUUUUAUACGAUCUAGAUGCCAUGAAACUCUCAUUUACUGAAGCGGAAUGCAAUUUAGGUUCAUGA